CAAAUACACGCAUUUACUUUCUUUUUGCCGUAUUGGAGUUACUUUCAGAAAGAGCAGAUACAUAGUGAAAGAGCAUCAACAAGCUAGAGAGAGAGUCACAGAGAGAGAGAUGUCUCUUCCAAGAUCCACAGAGGGUAAACCAAACAACACCACUCUUCAGCAGCUGAUGAAGGAAGCACCCUCUUCCUCUUCUUCUUCAUGGAAUAGGCUCACCAACAACAGAAACUCUUUCCCUCCUAUACCUCCACACAAGAGAAGCAAAGUGGAAGAUAGCGAUGAAGAUCUGUUCACGGUGCCAGAUGUGGAAGCUACACAAAGUGUCCAUUCUGCAGCAACAAAUCAAAAUAGUAACCUUAACCAAAGCAAUGUGACGGAUCCUUCGCUUCAAACUGGCUUCCCCGGCGGUAAGCGCCGCCGCGGAAGAAACCCUGUAGACAAAGAGUAUAGACGCCUCAAGAGGUUGUUGAGAAAUAGGGUUUCUGCGCAACAGGCCCGUGAAAGAAAAAAAGUGUAUAUGAAUGACUUGGAAUCAAGAGCUAAAGAGAUGGAAGACAAGAAUUCCAAGUUGGAAGAGCGUAUCUCGACUUUGAUCAAUGAGAACACCAUGCUCCGUAAGGUUCUUAUGAGCACAAGGGCCAAAGUUGAUGAGAGCAUUGAACCAUAGGCAAGAUUCAGCUAAGUAAACAGCUAGCAGGGUAAUAUAUUGUUUUUUUUUUUAUGUAAAAUAUGAAUUUAAAAAAAUUUAACCUUUGAAUCAUGUAAUAUUAGUUUCUUGAUGUUUUUGCUCAUAUUUUUUUUUUGGAUAAAUUAGACAAUUUUAUGUAUGUAAUUUUGC